AUGCCGGAAAGAGAACGCGCAGCAAGCCGAGCCAACAGUGGAGGCGAGCAGCGCCGCAGCAGAGCCGAACCCUCCCCCCCAGAGUCAUGGCCGAUGGGAGCGACGCGGAGGGCGAGACAAUUCCUCCGGACAGCUAGCCCAAACAUCCACAGCCACGCUACCGCGACGGUGCCAGCCCACGAAAAGGACCAUCCAAACGUCCAAUACAUGCACACCUGCAAUCCAUCACUACUUGCCCACAAGACCACAGGAAGCAGGAUGCUCGCGGAGGCCACUAGAAUCGCACUGGACAGCAAGAAAGGGAGCCGAGCCUCAGGAGGACUGCGGACAAACGAGCAGCCGGGAAACAGCAGGCCAGGCAAUGGAGCCACGAGGACCAG